GUUGUGGCCGGAUUGUUCGGAAGGCUUACCUCUUUAAUUGUUACUUCGUAGUGCUUAAUAUUUUAUUUUCCAUACCAACGAUGACCGCAUAACAAAACAACACAUAAAAGAACUAAAAAUGGUCCAAAGAAUCAUCACGCAACCUGCCCAAAUCAAGAAAGAAGACGGCUUAGCAGAUUUAAUCGGACAAUUUGGAAAAUGGCAGUUCAUAGUUCUGGCGACGGUUUCGAUCGUGAAGCUAUCCUCAGCAUGGUCGCAAAUGGCGAUUCUGUUUCUCACGCCCAAUUUGACAUUUUGGUGCUCGAACUUCGGUGAUAAUACGACCAGCACUGGUCAAAAUAUGACAUGCUAUGACGAUUGUAUUGAAUACUCAUAUGAUACAUCUCCAUUUGGGAAUACGAUUAUAUCAGAAUGGGAUUUAGUAUGCGAUCGAGCAUGGUUGGCGAGCUUCACCCAAAUGGUCUUGCAAUUUGGAAUCUUAAUCGGCAGCAUCCUGUUUGGAUUUCUCUCUGACAGAUACGGCAGAAAAAAUACAUUUCUAGUAUCAGUCGUCGCACUCGUCGCAUUUGGAUUCGGUAUUCCAUUUUCACCUAACUAUAUAACCUUUACUGUCUUAAGGUUUCUUAUGGGAAUCGCAACGGCAGGGACGAUGGUUAUAUCAUUCGUGAUCGUAAUGGAAACUGUUGGAUCGAACUACAGGGAAGUAUGCGGCUGUUUAUUUCAAAUGCCAUUCAUCAUCGGUUUCAUACUGAUACCUGUGUUCGCAUAUUUCUAUAGAAAUUGGAACGAUUACAGUUUGGCUUUGGCGAUACCAUCUGUUAUUUAUUUGGGUUACUUUUUCGUGUUGACCGAAUCGCCACGGUGGCUCGUCAGCGUUGGUCAAGUUGAUGAGGCAACUAAACUAGUGACAAGAGCUGCUAAGUUAAAUGGUCUUCCAACUUCUAAAGUAGAAGAGACAUUGAAAAAAAUGUCUGAAAAAAUCCAAGAUGAAUCGACUGCCGUAAAACCAAACUAUAGUGACCUAUUCAAAGGCUCUAUGCUGAUAAAGACCGUGACCUCAUGUAUUAUUUGGAUGAUCACCGGAUUGACGUACUAUGGUUUCAACCAGUAUAUUAGCCAGACUAGUCCAGACCCUUUCUUGACAGUGGGGGCGAUGGGAGUUAUUCAGGUGCCAUCGAUUUUAGUAUCUAUUUGGCUGCUAAGACAUUUUGCGCGCAAGUUGGUAGUCAUCGGCUUCUUCACCUUGGGAGGGCUUUGCGUUUUAGCGUUAGGUGUAAUGCCAGAUACCUUCUGGGUCACUUUGUCAUUGGGAUGCAUCGGCAUCAGCUGUGUAUCACUUGUCACUACAUGCAUUUAUAUUUAUACGUCAGAAUUGUUUCCAACCGUUGUUAGGAACAUGGGCAUGGGUGCUUGUUCAACUUCAAUGCGAGUGGGGUCUAUGAUAGCUCCAUUUGUGUCAAAUUUAUCGACAACCGUACCAUGGAUGCCGAACGUUAUAUUUGGUUUGGCGCCAAUUGUCGCCGCGUUGAUUUGUCUUUUGCUCCCAGAGACUAAAGGCACGGCUUUGCCUGAUAGUUUAAAGGAAGUAAAAGAUACCGCGUAAAUAAAAUAAGCCAGUAGCGAUAUUAGAAAUAGCAACAAGACUCGACUUCAAUGCUUAAUUUUAUAGUCCUGAAUGUGUAAAUAGUUUACCUAUAACAAUAACUACCUAUUCAUUAAUUAAACAAUAGCGAUUAUCUCUUAUUUUAAAUGAGGAACGAUACGGACAUGUGACGAUUUCCUCCGAUUUUAUUCAAUCAUGUAAGCGAUAUCAAAACCGAGAUAAAUUAUAAACAAAAGCUGAUAACUUGAUAACGCAGGUACAUACACACCGACACAUCCUGACAAAUUGAACUCAUGUUAAGUGAAGAUCUACUUGUGGUUGUACUGGACCAUAUCGCCAAAACCAAUCACAGUUUUUAUCAGUAUAUCUUGUUAUGUAAUUUAGUUUCAAUGAUAAACAAAAACAUUUUUAACUAAAAAGUUGCAAUUGUUAAUAUUUCUGACAGCAGUAAUAUCUGAAAUGAUGAUGACAACUUACAGCCAGGUGGCUCAGUUGUUAUUAU